AAAUUAAUUAAAAAUGUUAAAUUUUUUAAAACAAACACGUAAAUUCGUUAAUAAUGCUAAGGAACCAAUUUGUAUUGUUUUGGGAAACGAGUCCUGUGAUUUGGAUUCCGCAGUAUGUGCUGUUUCUAUGGCAUAUUUUUACCAAAAUAAUAUAAACUCUAGUUUAAAUAAACCAAAGGCUUAUAAUUACUUACCAGUACUGAAUAUUCCUAAACGAGAUUAUCCGCUAAAAACAGAAGUAAAAUAUUUAUUUCAAGAAAAUAACAUUAAUGAGGAAUGGCUAACGUUCAAAGAUGAGUUAAAUGACGAUUUUUUAAAGGAUUCGGCGUUCGUAUUAGUUGAUCAUCAUGUUAGCCCCUGGUUAAAAAACUGCAUAGCAAUAUACGAUCAUAGACCUAAGGAUGCGUCAGCAAUUAUACCAGAAAAAUGUGAAUUGCAUUUGAAUUUAGUAGGUUCUUGUGCAACUCUUGUGGCAGAACAAUUUUUGAAUGCAAAAAUAUUGGAUGCAUCGGUAGAGAUUUUAAAUUUAUUGCGUAGUACUAUCGUAUUGGAUACGGUUAACUUUUCUGAGUCUGCGGCCAGAGCAACACCCAAAGAUGUUGAAAUUUGUUUAGCCUUAGAGAAUGUUUUGGGAAAAUUUAACUGUCUACAUAGCAGGGAAGCCAUAUUUGAAUCUUUAGUUAAAGCCAGAGCAGAUGUGGGCUCUUUAACAGCUUCACAGUUGUUGCGAAAAGAUCUUAAGAUUUUAACUUCAAACAAGAAUGGUGGUAACAAUAAUAUCGCCAUACCUGGCUUCCCGCUGCUGGUUCAGCAUUUCAUUUCCAAGCCUGGUGCAGAAGAUGCUGUAAGAGAAUUUGCCCAAGAAUUUAAAUGUAGCAUUGUGCUAUUGAUGGGUAUGUUUGUCCAAUCGGAAGACAAUAGUGUUCAUCGUGAUUUUGGUCUAAUAAAUAUAAGCGACUCUAUUAUGUGUGAAACCAUUGAAAAAUGUCUUUUGUCAUUAGAUGAACCUAAAUUAGGUAUAGAACUUUACAAUAAUUGUAAUUUUAUGGAUGGAUCAUUUUAUAAACAACAAAAUAUUAAGGUAACAAGAAAACAUCUUUUACCAAUUGUAAAAAACAUUUUAGAUCAAUAAAACACGUAGGCCAGGAUGCACUUAGUAAGGUGAAAUCAUUAAGGCAGCUGAUUUUUAUUUGUUUUUUUUUUUAAAGGUGCUUUUGUUGUGUUAAAAUAAAUUAAUUUAUUUUUAAUCCAAAAAAAUAUAUAUAUUUGUGUUUUCAAAGCAAAAAACUUAAAUUUAAAAUAAUGAAUUAAAUUGUUCAUAAAAAGUUUUUAAAUAAGAAAAUUCAAAUGAAGAUUUAAAACAUUGCCCUGCUGCAGAUACAAGCUAAAUGUAACGACGGUUUUGUGGGUAAUACUGUGAAAUACACAAGAACUAUUUCUUUCCAAUGUUUAUUAUUUUUCAAUUUUAGAAAUUUCAUUUUGACAAAACCCAACUCUAGACAACAAAAAAUUAUUGUGUUUGUUGCCGAAACGCUCCCACCUUACUUUUUACAUCAUGACGUAGACAUUUAAAAAAUGUAUUAAAUUUAAUUCUAAUUUAAAAUAUCUCAUUAACUAGCUUGUGAACAAAUGUUUUUUUAUACCCUAAACCACUAUAUUGGCAGGGUAUAAUACUUUGUGCUGAUGUUUGUAACACACAAAAAUAUUGGUCCAAUACCACUCUUUAAAGUAUAGCGAACAAUUCAGAAUCAUUUUUGAGUCGAAUAAGAUAUGUCCGGCUGGCUGUCCAAGUAAACCUUAUGCACAAGGUACAGACCGCAGUUUUCAAGAUAAUUUGAAGAAAUUUGGAACAAGCACGUUUUUUGAGACGAAGCCUAUUGAAAAUGGUCGAAGUCGUUCCAUUAUUUCAUCUAGCCCCCAUACAACCGUACCACCUGAUUUGAGCUUUUUAUGCCAUAUAUCAUUAUCUCUCUAACAAUUGGUACAAAUAAGUUUUAUAUAAGUAUAAAUAAUAAUGCAGAUUUUCGUAAUGAUCGGUCCUUAUUUGACCCCAUACAAACCCCUCUUCAAAAAAUGUCUCA